AUGCGUCUCCAGCUGCCCGAGUCCGCCGGCCCGCAGGCUGAGCAGACCCAGCAAACCGCCCUCAAGCGCUUUGCCCAGAAGUCCUCGAACCUGCCCUUUGGCCAGCACGUCCCGCUGGCCUCCAUCUCCGGCCCUACCUACCUGACCGCCCAGACCCUCGUCCAGCAGGUCGCCUACGCCCUCUCCGACAAGAUCUUCGCCUACUCGCCCGAGACAUACGACUUGGACGUUGCUCUGAGGGAAUGGCAUGAGAAGGGCGAGCACAAUGCCUUCGGCUACAAGACUGGCUUCUCCGCUCUCGAGACCAGGUCCGGCGCCGGCAACGUUGCUCUGGGCUACAUCUUUUCCAAGGACUUUGACCUGUCCAAGAGGCACGUCCCCCAGGCAAUCGUUGCCUCGUCCUCCACCCUGCGCCAGCUGAGGCCUGCCCUGGACCAGCUCUCGCUGCUCUACUCUGUCGCCAACCCUCUGGUUGCCCAUGUCGCCGCCGUCGACUACGCCGCCGGCUCCUCGGCCGGCCUGGUCACCGACUACUCCACCAGCUUCACUCUUGCCGAGGAGCUUGGUCUUGGUCUGGUGUCCAGCGCCUCCGCCUACGAGAUCCAGCACAUGUCUCUGUUCGCUACCCUCCUCGCCAGCAUCGUGCCUGCCAUCCACACCUAUGACGGAAUCACCGUCGGCCGUGAGACCACCCGCGUCGUCGAUGUCAUGGACAAGUCUGGCCUGAUCAACAACUACAAUGCCAUUCUGAAGGCUACCUCCAGCGUCGAGGGCAAGCACUCCGACAACGAGGGCAGGACCGUUCGUCUUCUCAAGGCCUUCAACGACGAGUUCGGUUUCGACUACAAGCUGUUCGAGUACCACGGUCACGACGCGCCUGAGACCGUCAUCGUUGCUUUCGGCACCGUCGAGGCUUCUCUGGGUGCUCAGGUCGCCCAGUCGCUUGCUUCCAACGGCGUCAAGGUUGGCUUGAUCAACGUCCGUGUCUACCGUCCGUUCGUCGAGGAGGUCUUCCUCGAGGCCCUUCCCAAGUCUGUCCAGACCAUUGCCGUUCUCGGCCAGGUCCACGAUGGUGCUGCCGUCUCCGACGAGAGCGUCCACUCUGCCCUCUACAGCGACGUCCUUGCCGCUGUCAGCUUCUCUUCUUCCACCGCUGCCUCUGUCGUCGAUGUCAAGUACGCUCGCGAGGAGGUCUGGACUCCCGCCAAGGUCGGCAACCUGUUUGCCAAGUUCAGCUCCGAGGCUGCCCAGGCCAACCUCUCCAUCGCCGAUGCUUCUGCCCAGCAGUACACUUUCUGGAACAUUGAUGAGUCCGUUGCUAUCGGUGCUCCCAUUGUGCUCGGCCAGCUGUACUCCAAGGAUUCUGCCUCGAACGUGACCGUUCGCACUGGUCACGACAACCUGGUCCAGGGCGGUGUCAUCCGCACCGACAUCCGCAAGUCCAGCAAGUCCCUCGAGGCCGCCUACUCGGUCGAUGCUGCCGACGUUGCUUUCGUUGGCGACGAAAAGCUUCUGAACGAGUUUGACAUUCUGAACAGCCUCAAGUCCGGCGGCACCCUCAUUGCCAAGCUGCCGGGUGCCAAGGACGAGGAGCUCGAGAAGCACAUCCCAGUUGGCGCUCGCAAGGGUAUCGUCGGCAAGAAGGUCAACCUCUAUGUUCUUGACCCUACCGCUUCCGAGAAUGUCUCCGAGGACGCCACUCUCGAGUCUUACCUGGUCCAGCUGGCUUUCCUUAAGGUUGCCGAGGCCGGCAGGUUCGACACUCUGUCCCAGAAGCUCUCUACCCUGAGCGGCGGCUCCCUCGACAGCAUCGUCAAGGAUGUUGAGAAGACGCUUCGCCAGGUCCAGAUUCCCGAGUCCUGGGCCACCAUCGAGCCCGAGGUUGAGAGCAUCUCUCUGCCCACCGACAUCAAGGUCAACAGCUUCACCUCCUUCCAGAAGAUCGACCCCGAGCCCCCGACUCUUCUCAAGAACUGGGUCGAGGCCGCCAAGGGUCUUGCAUUCAAGGAGGCGUACGGUACCAAGUCCGCUCUUCGUCCCGACCUCGGCGUCAAGACUGCCGUUGUCCACAUCAAGGAGCGCCGCCGUCUCACUCCCGAGAACUACGACCGUAACAUCUUCCACAUCGAGUUCGACCUGGGCGACUCGGGCGUCAAGUACGACAUCGGCGAGGCUCUCGGCAUCCACGCCGAGAACGACCCCAAGAUGGUUGAGGACUUCAUCAAGUGGUACGGCCUCAACCCGGACGAGAUCGUCGAGGUACCGACGCGCGAGGAUCCCAACGUGCUCGAGAACCGCACCGUCUACCAGGCGCUGCUGCAGAACAUCGACAUCUUCGGACGGCCGCCGAAGCGCUUCUACGAGGCGCUCGCCGAGUUCGCGUCAGACGAGAAGGAAAAGACCGCUCUCCUCGCUCUCGUCACGCCCGACGGCGCGACCGAGUUCAAGCGGCGCGCCGAGGUGGACACGGUCACCUUCGCCGACAUCCUGCUCGAGUUCCCGUCAGCGCACCCGUCGUUCAACGACGUUGUCCGCAUCGUCAGCCCGAUGAAGCGCCGCGAGUACUCGAUCGCGUCGUCGCAGAAGGUCACGCCCAACGCCGUCUCCCUCCUCAUCGUCACCGUCGGCUGGGUCGACGCGCGCGGCCGCGACCGCUUCGGCCAGGCGACGCGCUACCUCAACUCGCUCUCGGUCGGGUCGCCCGUCACGGUGUCGGUCAAGCCGUCGGUCAUGAAGCUGCCGGCCAAGUCGACGGCGCCCAUCAUCAUGGCCGGCCUGGGCACGGGCCUCGCGCCCUUCCGCGCCUUCGUCCAGGAGCGCGCGCGCCAAAAGAUGGCGGGCGAGGAGAUCGGCGCGGUGAUGCUGUACAUGGGCGCCCGGCACCAGCGCGAGGAGUACCUGUACGGCGAGGAGUGGGAGGCGUACCAGGACGCCGGCGUCAUCACCCUGCUCGGCCGCGCCUUCUCGCGCGACCAGCCCGAGAAGAUUUACAUCCAGGACCGCAUGCGCCAGUCGCUGCUCGACAUCCGCAAGGCGUACCUCGCCGAGGGCGGCAGCUUCUACCUCUGCGGCCCGACGUGGCCGGUGCCGGACGUCACGGCGGUGCUGCAGGAGGCCAUCGAGGAGGAGGCCAGGGCGUCGGGCGCGACGAAGAAGGUGGACUCGAGGAGGGUGAUUGAGGAGUUCAAGGAGGAGGGCAGACCUAAAGAAACCACGGGCAACCCUCACCCACGACAGCCCCGACCAGCCUCCCCCUCCGACACUGACGCCAAGCAGCGAACCCAGUCCAACCAUCACACUCACACACACACACAGGCUUACCCAUUUCUGAAAUACCCUCCAACGCCAACGCCUCCCGUCGAAGAGGUCGUGUACGAGGCAGCACUCGUCGUUGAGCCGUCGUUUUGGGAAGACGAGCCCGAUGUCUGGCCGACCGCCGUCGAUGAUGGCGAGUUGUUGACGAGUGUCGUGCUGGCGUUGCUAGAUGAUGAGGACGAUGACGAUGACGAUGGUGGUGAUGGCGAUGAUGACGAUGAUGAUGACGAUGAUGAUGACGAUGAUGACGAGGAGGAGAAGGAGGAGGAGGAGGAGGAGGAGGAGGAGGAGGAGGAGGUUGUGGUGGUGGCGGGGGGGUUUUGGUUGUUGGUUCCUUGA